AUGUCGGGAAGCGAGAAAUCAAAAGUCAACCUGACUUCCCAUGUUAGUUUGUUCCCAGCACCACCUUGGCAACUUAUAAAUAAACUCUUCAGUACCGAGACCCCUCCACGCCCACCUACCCCUCCUGGUUCAACUGCCUACAGAAUGUUCGGAAAUUUUUAUAAUUCUGAAGAUGCCAUCCUCCGGUCUCUGGAAUCACAAGGUGUUCGUCGAGUUUAUCCACAGACGUAUAAUCGUAAGCGGGAGUUAAGAAAAAUUAAUUUUUCAAUAUUGGCUAACUACUUGGAUUUGUUGGACAUUAUCACUCGUGAUCCCAGUUCAUGUAAACGAACAGAAAAGCUUGAUCACUUGGCUAUUCUAUUCAUUAAUAUGCAUCAUCUUGUUAAUGAGUAUCGACAACACCAAGCCAGAGAUCUACUUCGAGAAAUUCUUAAAUAUCAGGUUAACGUAGGAGCAGAAACUGUCGAAAAGGCUGAGCAGUAUUUAACCCGAGCAGAUGAACAACUCAGGAUAGCAGCUAAUGAUCUUAUUGUCCCUGGUACACCAGUUUCAUCUUCUAGUAGUUUUAAUCUCAUGGAAAAUCUACGAAAUGGUCUCAAUGAUCUAGGCCCCGAGUUGACUCCCUUAUUACAUACUGUACUUGAUGAGACACUAGUAUCCAAUCCUGUUGGUCGGUGUUUGCAACCUAAGCAAGGAUCUAUAUCUCUUCCAAAUCAAUCAAUGGAAUACUGUUCUGUCAAUGCGAACAAUCCUGAUGAUUAUCAAAUACCUGAUCACAUUGAUAUGGCUCUUUGGGAUUUUCUAUUUCAAAAUAAAGAUGAUUCUGAAAUGGAUAUUAGCUAA